AUAGAAAAGCUGAAUCAAGCCCCUUUAUCCUCAUUCUCUCAUUUACGCGCGGAAGAAUAUCUUGCUCUUGUCAUUUGCACCACUUACAAUAAUAAUAUUAUUAUUAACAAUAAUUAUAUAUAUUUUAAUCUGUGAAUUUAUUUUUUAUCAUAUUUAUUUAACGUGUUAUAUAUUAUAUUAUAAGAUAAAUUCAACAAAUAUAUAAGAUAUCCCACCAACGUCUAGCAACAGAUAAAAAAAAAAAUCUAAAAUAUAAAAAUGAGCAAAAGAAAAUUAUUUAUCGUAACAAUCCUAGUGAUAUGCUCGUGUAUUAAUUAUGUUACUGGAUUAAUGGAAGACUCAACAAGUGUUAUUGAUAGAUCAGGACGUGAAAUAAAUAGUAAUCAACGGCCACUGUGUGCUGCUAAAAAAGAUUAUGAUUUUAUAACUGAAUACAAACGUCUACCUGAGCAUCGCUAUGUCACUGAAUACAAACGAUUUCCUGAAUAUCGUUAUAGUUUUGGUAUUGGCAAGCGAUGGUACGAUGACUCAAAGAGAAAUACUCCAUAUUCAUUCGGAAUCGGUAAACGUUAUCAAAUGGAAAAUAAAUUACAUCCCUUUCGUUUUUUCUCUGACUAUUUAUCUAUUGACAAUGGUAAUUAUCCAGUAAAUGCAAAUGAUGUUAUUCCUGAUCAAGAAGAAAACAAACGAGCUGUACCUGCACGUUCUUAUGAUUUUGGAGUUGGAAAACGCAACAAUAUUUUUUCAUCAAUCCAACAACAACAACAACAACAACAACAACAUAUUGAUGAUAUUGAUAAAAAUCAAGAUAAUAUUAAAUCCCAAAUUUGGGAACAGAAUUAAAUAAUAAUAUUAUAUUUUAUUAUUUAGUUUAUCCGUUAUGUAAAAUAUAUAUGUGUCCUCUUGUAGCUUAAUCUCACUCGAUAUUAUAAUGGAAUCGGCAAGUUAAAAUAAAUAUAAAUAUAUGACUAUUUAUAAUGUAAACUAAAUAAAAAUCUAUCAAUAUAUUAAUUAAUAAAUAUGUUAGCUUGAAAUAACAAUCAAUGUAAUUAAAAUGAAAAAAUUUAGUCAACUGUUAAUUUAUCAUAUACACUGAUUGUAAGUUUUAUCGAAGAAAAUAUAAUAAAUAUACU